AUGGCCUUCGCUACCGUGACCAGCUUGGACUGCGGAAGCAACUCAUCAAAACAGCAUCCGACCACCGUUUGGCCCUCGCUACCGCCCUCUCCUACUUCCAUUCCUUUCACGAUGUCGGCGUGGCUUCCGCAAUUUCGUCGACGAGGAGCUCGUUCUAGGCACCUAAUAUGCUUCCCCUGGAUGGCUGGAUCCCCUAUUCUCACCUUCCUCAUAGUGACGACAAAUCUAAACCCAGUUCCAAAUACUCUUCUUGCACAACCUCGAUUUUCCAUUCCUUCGGUAGUGAUGACAGCUACCAUGGUAAGACCCAACCCAAGAAGAUUAAGAAGAAGAUUAAAAACCACAACCACGAAUUUCACGGGCACGAUGAAGAUGACGAAGAUUGAGAAUCAGUCUCCGCAACUGGUGGAGACGGCGAGGGAGCAGAGGGCGGAGCGGGGCGGUAGGUGGAGGAGAGGUACAAGAUUAGGGAUUUAG